AUGAAGCUCAAUAUCAAGAAAGUGUCAAGCACAAGAUCCGACCGUGUCAAAGGGAUUGAUUUUCAUCCCUCGGAACCAUGGAUUUUGACUACGCUCUACAGCGGCAAGGUCGAGAUUUGGUCCUACGAAACAAAGACGUUGGUGAAGUCAAUUGAUGUCACAAAUGUUCCUGUGAGAGCCGGUAAGUUCAUUGCUCGGAAAAACUGGAUUGUUUGCGGAGCAGACGACUUCCAGAUCAGAGUGUACAAUUACAACACAGGUGAAAAAGUUGCGCAGUUUGAAGCUCAUCCAGAUUACAUCAGAUCGAUUGCUGUCCAUCCUUCGAGACCGUACGUUCUUACCUCUUCAGACGACUACACCAUCAAAUUGUGGAACUGGGAGAACAACUGGAAAAUGGAACAAAUUUUUGAAGGCCACCAACACUAUGUGAUGUCUAUUGCAUUCAAUCCAAAAGACGCAAAUACCUUUGCCUCUGCAUGUUUGGACAAGACCGUCAAGAUCUGGUCUUUGGGAUCUAAGGUUCCGAACUUCACACUGACUGCACCUGAGUCAAAGGGCUUUAACUAUGUCGACUACUAUCCCCACGGCGACAAGCCAUACUUGUUGACCUCAUCCGAUGACAAGAGCGUCAAAGUUUGGGACUACCAAACAAAGUCCUGCAUUGCAUCACUUGAAGGCCACAUCUCUAAUGUUUCCUUUGCCGUUUUCCAUUCAGAGCUGCCUUUGAUUAUCUCUGGUUCUGAAGAUUCAACAAUCAAGAUUUGGAACAGCAACACCUACAAAUUAGAAAAAACGUUGAACUAUAGACUGGAGAGAGCUUGGUGUGUUUCAACCAAGAAAAACUCUUCAUUGGUUACAGUUGGUUUUGAUGCAGGUAACGUCGUGUUUCAAUUGGGUGACGACAAGCCUUUGUUGUCAAUGGAUCAAUCUGGUAAAAUCAUAUGGUGUAAACACAAUGAGGUUUAUCACUCCGUUAUCAAGUCUUCUGAUGCUAAAGCUGAAGAUGGUGAGAUCUUGAAUCUAUCUCAAAAGGAAUUUGGGUCAGUAGAAGUUUUCCCCAACUCUUUGGUUCAUUCUCCAAACGGUAGAUUUGUUGCCGUUACAGGUGAUGAUGAAUAUAUCAUUUACACAUCUCUAGCGUGGAGAAACAAAAUGUACGGUCAGGCACUAGAUUUUAUUUGGGCACAAGAUUCUAAUUAUUACGCUAUCAGAGAAUCUAAGACUAGUAUCAAGAUUUUCAAAAACUUCAAGGAAAAGCCAAAUGGUCAAAUCAAUCUUCUCUACCCAGCAGAAAAAAUCUUCGGUGGAGCUUUAUUAGGUGUGAAAUCUGAGGGCUCUGUAUCAUUCUAUGAUUGGGAAUCCGGUGAGAUUGUUAGAACAAUUUCUGUUGAUGCUGAAAAUAUCUAUUGGUCAGAAGAUGGUGGAUUGGUUUUGAUAUCGUCCAACGAAUCUGCUUACGCUCUAUCAUUUAAUAGAGAUGUUUUCCAAGAAAGUUUAGACAAUGGUACAAUUGACCCUGAGGAAGGUGUUGUUGAAUCUUUUGAUGUUGCAUUUGAGGUUGAUGACCAAAUUCUUACAGGUAAAUGGGUUGGCCAUGUCUUCAUAUACACAUCAGCUUCAAACAGAUUGAAUUAUCUGGUUGGUGGGUCUAUUUAUAAUUUGGCCCAUUUUGAUAAAGCGAUGUUCUUAUUGGGCUAUAUGUCCAGAGACAACAAGGUGUUUGUAUGUGACAAAGAUAUGAAUGUUGUCUCUUACUACUUAUCCUUGUCAGUAUUGGAAUAUCAAACUGUUGUUAUGAGAGGUGAUCUUGAAUAUGCAGAUUCAAUAAUAGGCAACAUCGAUGAAAGGGAUAUAAAUAAAAUUGCAAGAUUUUUAGAAGAGCAAGGUUACACCGAAAAAGCAUUGGAAAUAUCAACGGAUCUUGACCAGAAAUUUGAUUUGGCCAUUGAAACUUCCAACCUUCAGUUGGCAGCAGAAAUUGCAACAAAGGAAGACUCUGUUCAUAAAUGGAAGAAACUUGGUGAUUCUGCUCUCUCACAUUGGAAAUUUGAUUUAGCAAUCAAGUCAUUUGAAAAUAGUAAAGAUUACCAAUCACUACUUUUAUUAUACACAUCUUUCAAUGAUGUUGAAGGAUUGAAGAAGUUGAGCAAGUCAUGCAUAGAAAUUGAAAAAUUCAAUUCCGCUUUUGCUGCAUCAUGGGCCGCAAAGGACUUGGAAGCAUGUAUUGAUAUUUUGAAGAGAGCCGAUAGAUUUACAGAAGCUACAUUUUUGAGCCUUGUUUACAAAGGCGACAGCAAACAAGUGGAUGAAAUUACGAAGCUCUGGAAGGAUGAGUUGAGUAAAAACGGAAAGGAGAGUAUUGGUUCUAGAAUCCUAGUUCCAAGUGAACACCCGGAAGCGUUUCCUUCUCUAAAGACAAUUACAGAAACUCUCAUCGACAUAGAUGGUCCACCAGAACAAGAGCCAGUGGAAACUGAGGUGGAAGCAGCUGCACCAUCAGAAGAAGUAGUGAUAGAAAACGGCCAUGCAGAAGAGCCAAUUGAUGCGGAAAAGGAAUCUGAUGAAAACGAUGAAGACGCUGAGCUUGUCGAAGUCGCCGAAGUUGCUGAAGACGCUGAAGAAGAUGACAACUAG